AUGGGACGAGGCAAUGAUACCCCAAUUAUAGAAUUUCUUCUUUUGGGAUUUUCAGAGGAACCAGCACUGCAACACCUCAUAUUUGGGCUUUUCCUCUCCAUGUACCUGAUGACUGUGUUGGGAAACCUGCUCAUCAUUGUUGCUGUCAGUUCAGACUCCAACCUCCACACACCCAUGUACUUCUUCCUCUCCAACCUGUCCUUGGUAGACAUCUGUUUCACCUCCACCACGGUCCCAAAGAUGCUGGUGAACAUCCUGACACAGAGCAAAGUCAUAACCUAUGCAGGCUGCAUCACACAGAUGUAUUUUUUCUUACUCUUUGCAGGACUGGAUGACUUCCUGCUAGCCGUGAUGGCCUAUGACAGGUAUGUGGCCAUCUGCCAACCCCUUUACUACACAGUCAUCAUGAACCCCAGACUCUGUGGACUGCUGCUUCUGGUGUCCUGGAUCAUGAAUGCCCUGAAUUCCCUCUUACAAAGUGUAAUGGUAUUGCAGCUGUCCUUCUGUACAGACUUCGAAAUCACCCAUUAUUUUUGUGAUAUCAAACUGGUUGUCCAACUUGCCUGUAGCAAAACCUUUCUUAAUAACAUGGUGAUGAAUUUUGGAGUUGUGCUACUGGGUGCUGGUCCCCUCACUGGUAUCCUUUACUCUUACUCUAAGAUAAUAACCUCCAUUUGUCGAAUCCCAUCAGUGCAGGGGAAGUAUAAGGCAUUUUCUACCUGUGUGUCUCACCUCUCAGUUGUCUCCUUAUUUUAUGGUACAGUCCUAGGAGUGUAUCUCAGCUCUGCUGCUACCCACAGCUCAUACUCAAGUGCAGCAGCCUCAGUGAUGUACGCUGUGGUCACACCCAUGCUGAACCCCUUCAUCUACAGUCUCAGGAACAAAGACAUAAAGAGGGCUCUGAAAAGAAUCUACGGGAUGGCAGGUACAAAAGGGACAAUCAUUCUGAGGUAG